GACCAGACGCGCUUUCACUGCACGGCAAAGGUGAACUGUGUCGACAUCUUUGUCAGCCACUCCUGGUCAGCCAAUGGCUGGUUAAAAUACUUGGCCGUGUGUUGCUUUUUGAACUUCGGUAUAGCCAAGAAGGCCACUGCUGCCGCUGCUGUCUUUUCAAGUCUCUUGGUAUUCUUACUCCCGGAACUGCCGACGUGGCUGGUAUUCUGCAUGAUGCUAGAUGCCCCAGUGCUCAUCUUCUUUGUGUUCUUCUUGUAUGGGCAGAACUUGACAUGCGGGCUAUGGUGUCCAAGCAUGUGGGUAGACAAGCUCUGCGUGGAACAGGGCGAUGAGAGCAGGAAAGCAGCAGGACUUGCUGGUCUGCCGACCAUUGUUCAAUGUUCUGGUCGCAUGCUUGUCCUAUGGGAUGACACGUACUUCGAAAGGUUGUGGUGCAACUUCGAGUUGGCCAUUUUCGCGAAGUACCGGGGUCUGAAGAACUUUCGGUUUUUGCCCGUGUGGCUGCCACCCUGGAUACUGAUUGGCGUGCUGUUCUCAUACCUACUCUGGCGGCUCAUUGCCACAUUGCAGGAGCUAGAGCCGGAGUACGGUAUAGAUGAUACUGCCAAAUACGCAGCAGCUGCUGGCGACAAGGUUGCUUUUGGGACGCAACGAGUGCUAAAGAUCUUGACGGACCUUGAAACCUAUGCUGUGUUAGAAAUGCCUUUCUUUGUCGUUGCCGUGGUUCUACUACGCAGCAAGCUGGAUGGUCACCGUUCUUUGCUGGGGAAUAUGCUGAAAUUUGACAUCCAUCGUGCAAAGUGCUCGGUUGAAGAUGACCGGGAGGUGAUUGAGGCCCAGGUAGCCAGACUCUAUGCCACAGACGAGGAGCCGGUCAUAGCCCUGGACAGCCUCGAGGGGCAAAAAGCCGCUGAGGCUGUGAGCUCGAUUCCUCUCAGCCCCGGUUCUUCCGAGGAGUCGGUCAUAGGCGACAGUUUAUUUCUAGCGGAACAACCGGAACGAGAUGGGGAGGGUUAUGCACGCCUCCCGGCAGAGGCGGAUAAGUCACAGAUGUCACAGCUUGGGGUAAGCUCAAUGCACAGCGAGUCCGUGCUCGAGUAUCCAGUCAUAAUGGCCGCGAGCUCAAUCACGAACUCAUCAUUUUUGGCACCAGUCGCAGCUGCAGUGAGUGAUGCAGGGUCAGACUAUCCCCUGAUGGGCGUUGACAUGUUUGCAUGGGAAACUGAAAUUGAGGGCAAAGCUUAUGAUUCGCAGCCGGAUGAGGAACGGCUUGCGAUACAAGGCGAUGUCGAUCGAGAAGACUGCCUGCAGGCGUUCAAUGAGCUCGUUCGUUUCCAACUACGUGCUGCGAUUGUUGAAGAACUGGGUCUUGAAACAGACUUGCCUUGGGGCGACUGUUUGAUAGUAUACAUGCCGGCUGUACUGUCCGCAACAGCCAUCACAUGGGCUGCGAGAGACCUUUACGCUGGACUUGGUUUUUCUUCCGUGAAUCAAUACCUCUUCGUAAACCUGGCGCAAAUCUCCCUGGCAUUGUUCUGCAAUCCUUUAGCAUACGCUCUGCUGCUGCGAGGAAUGAAUUGCAUCACGCCUACAGGGAGUGCCGGGCGUUUGCAUGGUUUGGCGUGGCUGGCGUGUGGCGUGCUGGGGGAGAUCUUCGUUUGCGCCCUUUACGCAGUCGCCUGUGGGACACUCGAAAGCUAUGUCUUGACACAACAUCCUAUGUUUCUGCUUGGCUUCCUGGCGAGCUUAUCCUUUGCGCUGGUGCUGAACUGGAUCUUGUUCUGGGGUACCUGA